AUGCCCUUGGCUCACCGUGAGAAAAAUGCAGGGGUCGACUGUGGAUAUUCGCCUUAUGAGUACACACCGCUCAGCGCUGGUCAGAUAAGACUGCUUCGGUUGCACGCUGGCCAAGAAGCAGACCAACUGAAUGGCGAGCUUAUUGUCAAAAACUUCGAAGAACUACCCCCACGACCAAAAGCAGGCACUUCAGCCCUAACAGAGCCGAUAGAUCCAGAGAAAUAUGUUUGUUUCGACGCCAUCUCCUAUGUUUGGGGCCAAUCAGCCUUCGCAGACUCCUUCUUCACGCCUCAAGGAUCCAUCCCAAUAACAGCAUCACUCGCUUCUAUUCUACGACGUCUUCGUGAUGAAAAAAAGUCUCAACUAUACUGGGCUGACGGCCUUUGUAUCAACCAGUCAGAUAUAGCUGAGAAGGAAGUCCAAGUGUCUCUUAUGGGCAUCAUUUACAGCUCUGCCAUGCGAGUUCUGUGCGACAUUGGUGAGGAAACGGAGAAUAUCGCACUUGUACUUGAAGCCAUAGAGCGUUACUGGAAGCGAAACAUCCGCCAUGGAUUUGUAAUGGGCCAAGGUGACUCUAUGAUUCUUUCAGGAGAGUCAACCGCAAAGCUCAUGGGCAUUCCAUAUCCAACAGAUGAGGAGGCAGAUUCUAUCGAAGAUGUUGAAGGAGAAGAAUGGCCCAAGCGGUAUCUCGAACUCAUCUCUGCGCCAUGGUUUCAUCGCCUUUGGGUCGUGCAAGAGUUUGUCCUUGGGCGUGAUGUAGUCAUGGUCAUUGGCCGUCGACACAUACCUUGGGGACAGCUCUGGGCAGGUACUGUAUGGUACAAAGGAGUCGAUUGGCCAUGGGACUCGGCCGAGUAUACGAACGAGGAUCUAACAAGCCUCUUCAUGUCAUUCAACGCCAUGUGUCUUGUUCGUUCAUGUCGACUUAUCGAUCUCGACACGCCCCAUGGCCGUGAGUUCAAUGACACAGUCAAACUACUUCUUUGUGGAGUCGAGAUGAAUCAAGCGAACUUGCCGAUGUGUAUGGUAUUUUUCUGCUCGCACGGCUGUACUGUGCCACGGGACCGUUACUUUGGUAUUCUCGGUAUGGUGGAUGAGGAGGACCAAGAGAAAGCACUCAGCCUGCGACCUGAUUACACCUCCCCAAUGAGUGACAUCACCAUGCGAUUCUGGAGAUAUGCGCUGCAGACUGGUUCCGGGGGAGAGCUCAUGCUCUGUGCGGGUCUACCAGGCCUGACCGAAGGAUAUCCUUCUUGGAUAAGAGAUCUUUCUGCACCGAAACCUCUGAAUCAUAUAUGGAUAGGAGCUCCAUUAAGUACUGCAUGGCACGCAGCAGGAGGGCCGGCAAGCACGUGGUCCAUAGCCUUCAGCAACGAGGACCCUGAUCAAGCUUUUGUUCAGGGAUAUCACAUCGAUGAUAUCUCAGACAGGUCACCCACUGGGGCUUCUGAUCCUUUCAACUUUGUAUCGAUGACUCGUUGGAUUGAAGAAGCUUUCAACUUCUUCACUGGGUCUGAAUCGUCAGACGGCGAUUCGAACAGAUUAUAUCCCCUAAACACUGAUCCUGUCCGCGAAGCAGCAUUGAAAGUGGUGAUGGAUUACAACAAGCAAGACACGAUGAGCCCUGAUGACGAAGAGUUUGAGGCCAUGCUUCGAAUAGGAUUGUCUCUCCCUCUCGCAGCUUUCUCUGAAGACGCCGAGGAAGAUACAAUUCUGGAGAAGAUUGUUUCUGAGUUUGAAGAUGAAGAUGAAAUACUCACUUUGCAGGAGCUUUUCCUUCGUGUACACAAGACAAGAGGGCUGGGAUACUACAAAACUGGGAAGGGCCUGUUUGCACUGCUGCCAAAAGGGGUCUGUGUUGGUGACUCUGUCUGGAUCCUCAAGGGAUGCCGGCUACCUGUUGUGCUACGACCAAGUAUAUCGCAUCAUGGGCCGUAUGAGUUUGUUGGAGGUGGCUAUGUGUAUGGGGUUAUGAACGGAGAGAUGCUCGAAAAGCCUGGGUUUGAAUGGCAAAAAGUCUCGCUCAGAUGA